AUUACAUUGAACCCAGAUAUUUCCUACAUGAAUUUCACCAACUGUGACCGGAGAUGUUGUAUUUACCUUUAACUUUACUAAGAGCAAAUACGCAAUGUUUUCUUCAUAAUAUCUGUAGAAGGCAACUUUCUUUAAGUUGUGUUGCGGUUGGACCUGCCCUUGAUGAAAAAGAUGAGAAUGAGGCGUAUGACAUUGGACAGACAUUCAUCAACAAGACGUUUGGUUACAGAGGAGUUAUAUUUGGACAGAAUCCUGCCACACUUCAUAUAACAGAGCCACCAGAACAGGGUCUUGACAGUAUAAAAACAAGUGGUUUCCUUGGAGGUAGAAAGAAAGAAAGGAAGCACAAAUAUUACCACGUGUUAUGUGAUGAGAGAGACAUUCAGAGAAAUGAUGUCAGUGUACAAAGAACUUAUGCUGCAAAUGAUGCUACAAACAAAAUGAGUAAAUUUUUAGUGCAUGUCAGAGGUAUUGAUGUAGUUUCUCAUGAAGAUGUCCUACCCUAUCAAAGCACAGAAAAUCCAAUCAUAGAAAACAAACUGUUUGCUAAAUGGCAUACCAACACAGCCUCAUUCAUUGAGGAAAUAAGCACCCUGUCUUUCAUGAGAAUAACCAGUGUGUUUCAAGAAACAACAGAAAAUAUCCGAGUUACUGUGAUGCCAUUUUACCUGAAGAAGUCCGAUUAUACUCCAGGUUAUUUUAAUUUCAGCAGUAGAUAUUCUGACAAAGCAGGGGGAGACACAGGGGGAAAACAUUAUUGGCGGUAUGUGAUACGAGUUGAUAAUCUACGAGAUGAUGUCAUUCAAAUUCGGAAUCGUAAAUGGACGACCUUGAGUAUCCCUAAUUCCCAGCGAUGUUCCCCUCUGUCUCAAGGUGUUGUAGGCAUGCAACCUAGAAUUUAUCCUGGCAGAACUUUUCAGUACUGGAGCAAUGUGGAACUGGAUGCUCCCAGUGGUGCAAUGUGGGCUACUUAUGGUGUGGAGAAUGAAGAUGGUGAAAUGUUCACAGUCAAGGUGCCCCGAGUCAUGCUGGAGUCAAGGAAAGACAAAGAAGAUUUUCCCAAUGUGUCACCACCUGUGGGAAUGGUUUGAUUGAAACUGAAAGCUUCUGAAAAAUAAUUAAUUGAUUUUGGUCCAAUCGUGAAACCUCAUAGUUUAACAAGGUGUUGUGAAAUGAGCAUGGCAUUCCUGAAUUGAAACACUAAUCAGUAUCAUGAACAUGUCAAAUCUUUAAGCAUUGUGAUGCAUAUUUAUUUAUAUUUGACUUGUGUGUGCAGAGAGUGAGAGGUCUUAUUUCGAACUGAAUGCUCAUAAGUGAGUGACUUGUAUCUCAGAUAGAUAUAUAAAUACUGGAUUACUAUGAUGAUAAUAAAAUUAAAAUUUAACUGAAAUAAA